AUGGAAAUAAAGAGGUACUUGAGCAGAAGGGGCCACCGGCGUCUCGACUAUGGCGGCACAACCACCACUGGCCAACGAAAGAAGAUACCGAUCAUUCGGAUGAGAGGUCCGCGUAGGGAUCGGAGGAUCAGAACAAGCCCAAAAAUAAGAUGGAUGAUAAGAUCACCAUUGAAGUUGGUGAGAAAAGUUAAGAAUAUUUAUAUGAACUUUAUGUUGAAGAUGGCUGGUAAUGUUGGAGGGGCAUUGAACACCGAUAACAAAUUUGGUGUGAAACGAAUUCCAAAGGCUUCUCAAUUGUGUUCUAAAGGUUGUUCUGGUGAUGCAUUUGAGGCUAGACUUAUAUUUGAGAUUUCUAAGAACUUGGUUGCUUCACAUGAACUAUAUUCCAUGUAA